UUUUCUCAGUCCCCACAGACAACUACGGCCCGGCCCCGACUUGAUGCCUUGAUUGGUAGUGUUUGGCUAGUAAGUUUCAGUAUAUCGCCAGUGAUAGAGCUCACGAGCUCGCUAGAACACCUGUGUGUAUUUUUUAUUACUAUCAUCAUCAACUUAGUUGAGUUGUUAUUUUUCGUUCAACUACUGACACAGUUUUGCCAAAGGAAGCCGUCGUGCUGAUCGGCUUUAAAGUGCGUCUUGAACUGCACAGAAACUAGGCGUGAAGAUGACGAUGCUUACAACUGUCUCUUUGCUCCUGUGUAGCUUCGUUGUGGUAACAACAGCGGAACCAUACUACACGGUCGUUGCUCCAAAAGUUGUCCGCCCUAAUUCAGAUUACCACGUAGCUGUAUCAACCAGUGGAAUAUCAACGCCGGUGACCAUUUCCGUAGAGUUAGAUGGAGAUUUAGAUAACAAUGAAAAGUUUAAGGUCUUCCACGAAAAUGUUGUUGAGCCUUAUACAACUCAAGUCUUUAAAUUAGAGACCGGCGAUACAAGUCCUGGAAGAUACAAAUUAACGGCCCGUGGAACCUCCGGCUUGCUGUUCUCCAAUACAACCUCGCUGCAAUACAUUCACAAGAGUUUCACGGUUUUCAUACAAACAGAUCGAGCGAUCUACAAACCCGGCAGUGAAGUUUUAUUCCGAUGCGUAGUUCUAGAUUCCAGGUUAAGACCAGCUCCUACUCGGCAACUGGAUGUCUAUAUCACGGACGGCAAUGGGAACAGAAUAAAGCAGUGGAGUCGUCCGCCGAUAAUCCGCGGGAUAUUCAGCGGCGAGCUUACGCUAUCUGAGUCACCGGUACUCGGCGAUUGGAAGAUUGUCGCUAAUGUUGGCGACCAGACCUUCGAGAAGGAAUUCCAGGUUGCUGAGUACGUGCUUCCUAAAUUCGAAGUCGCUAUUAACGCGCCUAAGCACGCGACUUUCAAGGAAGGAAAGAUUGUUGCUACGGUAUCUGCUAAAUAUACCUACGGCAAGCCAGUAAAAGGUGAAGCAACAAUAACGGCGUACCCCGACAUAUUUUCCGGAGUGCUCCAGCCGAUUUUCCAGGCCCCGAUCAGAAAAGUCGUGCCCAUCGACGGCAAGGUCACCGUAGAUUUUGACAUCGCCAGCGAACUGCGACUCACUGAUGAAUACGAACGCCCAAUUGAGUUGGAGGUUGCUGUGGAGGAAGCGCUCACUGGAAGGAGACAAAAUGUCUCGAUGCAAAUGACAUUGCACAAGCACAAAUAUACCAUGGAGUUGAUAAAGACCUCGGAAUAUUACAAGCCCGGAUUAAAAUACACCGCUUUUAUCAAAUUGAGUUAUCACGACGGCUCGCCUGUGAGAGAUAACAACAACCCAGUUAAAAUAAGUUACGGCUACACAUACAAUCAGUCGGCUUACACCAACAUCACAAGAAUGUUGGACAGUAACGGAAUGAUUCAACUGGAUUUCUACCCGCCGAACGAUUCUUCGGAGAACGCCUCGCCCUUGAACAUCGAAGCCGAGUACUUGAACUUGCACGAAUGGUUCCCGGCUACCAAUCAAGCCAUGUCUCCAAGCAAUACCUUCAUCCAGGCUACGGUUAAAACUGACAAGCCAUCAGUUAACCGGGAAAUUGAGAUCGAAGUUAAUUCUACUGUUCCGUUGAAAUAUUUGAAUUAUGAAAUUCUCGGUCGCGGGGAUAUUCUAAAUGCUGGAUCUAUUUCGGUGUCUGAUAAACACAUCGCUUCUUUUAGAUUUUUGGCGACUUAUAUUAUGGCACCAACCGCUCACGUUCUUGUGUACUACACCCGCGAAGACGGCGAGAUAGUCGCCGAUGCCUCAGAUGUUGAGCUAGACAACACUCUGGAGAACUUUGUGAAUAUUAAGAUGUCAGCUGAAGAAACUCAACCCGGAGAAACUGUUGAAGUAACCAUGUCCGCAAAACCUAAUUCUUACAUCGGUGUUUUGGGAGUUGAUCAAAGAUCUUUGCUGUUGAAAUCAGGAAAUGAUAUUUCUUGGGAGCAAGUAAAGAAGGAAUUAAAGUCGUAUGAUAUGACGGAAGAAUCUCCGUACUCGGAUAUGCCUUUCGAGCGGUCGUUCUGGAGACCUGGAUCCGCAACUGCAGAUGACGUUUUUAAUAAAAUGGGAACAGUAGUGUUGACAAACGGGUACAUUCAGGAGAACUAUCCGAUCCGACAGCCGGGAUAUCAGGAGGGUAGAGUACGAGGUUCGGCUCACGGUGCGUCUACCUUGAGACCAGACAUUGGUCCCCCAGUCACACACAGACUAGUGACAAGACCGCCACUGGCUGGUCCUUACGCAUUUUCACGCAUCCCAACUCCUGUAUGGAAUAAGCCCCGUGUUUUCCUUAUGCAUGACAUCUCGAACACUUGGCUUUUUACAAACUCUUCCUCAGGGUACAAAGGAGAAGCUGUAAUAAGACGGACGGUUCCCGACUCAAUAACUUCCUGGGUUCUGACUGCGUUCUCAGUGGAUUCAACUUAUGGACUGGGUCUCAUCGAUGCGCCUCGGAAGCUCAAAGUCUUCAAGCCGUUCUUCAUUUCUCUCGAUUUACCGUACUCGGUAAUGAGAGGCGAAAUAGUUGCAAUACCUAUUGUUGUCUUUAAUUACAUGGAUAAAGAUGUAACGGCUGAUGUUGUACUCGAGCACGCUGGACAGUUUGAAUUUGCGGAAGUAUCUAAUGAAGUUCACGACACUCCUAAACUAGAACUUUUCCGCAAGAAGCGCAUCGACAUAAAAGCUAACUCUGGCUCCAGUGUUUCAUUCAUGAUUAUUCCCAGAGACUUGGGCUACAUCACCAUCAAAGCGACUGCUACCAGCAAAAUCGCCGGAGACAGCGUCGAGCACAAAUUACUCGUGAAAGCUGAGGGAGAGACACAGUACAGAAACAAAGCUGUAUUUUUGGAUCUCCGUGAUACGAGAAAUAUCCAGAUGAACUUAACUGUUGACAUACCCAAGAAUUUUGUUCCCGGGUCAGAGUUUGUUGAAAUUUCAGCUGUAGGAGAUAUUCUGGGACCUAGUAUUCCCAACCUAGCUAAUUUGAUAAAAAUGCCUUUUGGAUGUGGAGAACAAAAUAUGUUAAACUUGGUCCCUAAUAUUGUUAUCUUGAAUUAUUUAAAGAAUACAAACCAGUUGACUCAAGCAAUCCAGGGUAAAGCUUUGAGGUACCUUGAAGUUGGAUACCAGCAAGAAUUAACUUACCGUCAUAAAGACGGAUCAUUUAGCGCCUUUGGAGAGUCUGAUGCUAGUGGAAGUACCUGGCUUACGGCAUUCGUAGCAAGAUCAUUCAAGCAAGCGGCUGAAUACAUUCCUGUUGAAAAUAGAAUUAUUAAUGAAGCAUUGUCGUGGCUGGCUGAAGUUCAGGCGCCCAAUGGAAGCUUCCCGGAAGUUGGUCAUGUCAGUCAUCGAGAUAUGCAAGGUGGAGCUUCUAAAGGAUUGGCCUUGACUGCUUUUACUCUCAUUGCUUUCCUGGAAAAUCCUGAUGAAGGCGGAAAAUACAGGAAUACUAUCAAUAAAGGUGUUGAUUAUAUAGUUACAAAUAUGGAAGGUCUUGAUGAUACAUACGCGCUGAGUUUGUGUACGUAUGUACUAAAUUUAGCGCGACAUCCUUAUGAAGAUGCGGCGUUCAACGCUUUGGAGUCUAGAGCUUCUACAAAAGAUGAUUUAAAAUGGUGGAGCAAGCCUAUCCCCGUGGGUGAUAAAAAUCCAUGGUUUGAUGCUCUACCACGUUCGGUGGAUGUUGAAAUGACUUCUUACACUCUGAUGACUUAUCUUAGGAAGAAUCUAGUCACUGAUUCAAUCGCUGUUAUGAAAUGGCUCGUAAAACAGAGGAAUCCCGAAGGAGGUUUCUCUUCAACCCAGGACACGGUGGUAGGUUUAUUGGCACUUUCAAAACUCGCCGAGAAAUUAUCAACGCGAAGUAAUAACAUCGCGAUAACGAUCCACUACGAAGGAGGUGGGCAAAGUCAGAUGAAUAUCAACGCUGACAAUGCUAUGAUUCUCCAGAAGCACAUUCUGCCGCGUAAAACUCGCGUUGUAAAUAUCACCGCUACGGGACAAGGCUUUGCCAUUAUCCAGGUUUCCACUCACUACAACUUGAAUGUCACCGGUGCUUGGCCGCUGUUUACUCUAGAUCCUCAGGUCGAUAGGAUUUCCAACGAAAACCAUCUGCAGUUAUCUAUCUGCUCUGGCUUUGUGCCUACUAAAGAAUCCAAUGAAAGUAACAUGGCUGUCAUGGAAGUUAGUCUUCCCUCUGGUUUCACCAUUGACAUGGACUCGCUUCCCAGCCUGCAGGUAUCCCAACAUGUUAAGCGCGUCGAGACUAAAAAUGGUAAUACCAUGGUUGUGUUGUACUUUGAUAAGAUGGUCCAAAAAGAAUACUGUCCUACCAUAUCUGCAUACAGAACUCACAAGGUUGCUAAACAGAAGCCAGUACCUGUAUCUAUUUACGAUUAUUAUGAUUCAUCGAGGAGAGCUCGUGUGUUUUACGAACCUCACGUUUCUACUCUCUGUGACAUCUGCAAAGACGAAGAUUGUGAGAACUUGUGCGUUGGACAGCCAGGAAAUGAGAAAUACAAUACGCCUGGCUCAGCUUCACAGUCAUUUUUCUGUAUAUACAAUUACCUUGUAUUAUUUUUUGGCUUUUUGUUACUCCAAAAAGUGUAAUUAAUUUUAUUUAUAUUAUUAAUGAAUUAAAAUUCUUAUACAUUAGGAAUAGAAUUAUAUAUAGUUCCGUAGGAAGAUAUAAGUAAGAUAAUCAAAGUCAUAAGUAUUUACAUUUAUAUAA